GGGUCUCUCUAGGCGUGUGUGUAUAUAUAUAUAUAUAAUAGUUGGUCCUUGGUUUUCUAUGUAGCUGUUCCUCCUUCAUAAAUCCACCAUUGGCAUUUGGCAGUGAGUGUCUUGCAUUUUGUGUUCGUCUUUUCCAACUUCAACUUCAUCAAUACCAAAUUGAAUUUGAAUCUGAGCUGUUUGUCGAUGGAGGGGAGGAGGAUAAUGGAGAUGGAGAUGGAGUUGGGGCUAACGCCGCAGGAAUUGGCGCGCCUCGACCCUCUCAUCCGCGCGCACCACACCUUCGACGCAUUGCCCAACACAUGCACUUCUCUCAUCUCCCAGCGCAUCGACGCCCCCGCCGACGCCGUCUGGCCGCUCGUCCGCCGCUUCGACAAUCCCCAGCGCUACAAGCACUUCAUCAAGAGCUGCACCAUCACCGGCGACGGCGGCGUCGGAACCAUCCGCGAGCUCACUGUAGUCUCCGGUCUCCCAGCCUCCACCUCCACCGAGAGGCUCGAGAUCCUCGACGACGAGAGGCACAUACUCAGCUUCCGCGUCGUCGGCGGCGAGCAUCGCCUCAACAACUACCGAUCGGUAACUUCCGUGAAUCAAUUCGACGAGGAUGGAAAAACCUACACGAUUGUGUUGGAAUCGUAUAUUGUGGAUAUACCUGAGGGGAAUACCGGCGAAGAUACCAAAAUGUUUACAGAUACCGUUGUGAAAUUGAAUCUCCAGAAGCUUGGGGCUGUGGCAACAUCCAGCAAGCAAGGGGAACGAUGAAUGGAUCGAUUUUGGAGCUAAUUUGGUGGUAAAACUCUUCGAUUGUUGGAAAAUUGCAAGCCCUAGGUUUGAGAAACGACGCAGCAGAGGAUGAAUGGAUCUGAACUCUGAUCGAUCUUCAGGUAUACAAAUACAAUGACUGUGUGGGUGAAGCUUGAAAUUGAAAUUGGUGAUUGUUGUUUUCCAUUGAUGAUAAGCUCUGAUUAUUUUUGAGUUACAAGGGUUACUU